AAGCACUCGACACUAAAUCGUGCCCAAGCGGUCUUCGGCUUCUUCACGACAGUCGCGCUCUUUGUUGCGGGUUUCGCCGCCCUCUCGGUACUCUUGUUCCCGACAGAUAAGAUUAACACGGAAGUGUCGCUGAGGGAUGUGAAAGUAAUAAAAGGUCGACCCCACUACUACUCCACCAAGAAAGAAGAGUACGCGCAGAUGAGAUUUGACUUGGAUGCUGAUCUCUCACCGCUCUUCAAUUGGAACACAAAACAAGUCUUCGUCUACGUUUACGCGACGUACUCCUCCUCCAACAAACCCUCCGAGAACUCGUUAACACCGCAGUCCCAAGCCAUCAUCUGGGAUACUAUCAUUGAAGCCCCCGAAUCGCCUUACUCUUUUGCGAAUCUGCGCGAGCAGUUCUUCCCGACUAAGAGCGGCAAGUCCGCAUCAUCGCGCAAGCGCUCUUCGACGAACAAGAGGAACGAUAGCAACAAGCAGGAUGCUGUUCCCGGAACUCUCCGUCUCCGCAAUCAGAAGAGCAAGUACCAGAUUAGUGAUAUUACGGGGAAGAUGGCGGAACGGACGAAUGUCACGCUGAGCGUGGGGUGGAAUGUGCAGCCGUGGGUAGGAGCGUUGUGGUGGGCUCCCGGAACUGGUGCGGUUCCCAGAACAGGUGGCAGCACCGGGGUAUCGAGAGCGUUUGAUUUGCCGGCGUUGAAGGGAACGAAGCCGAAGACGGAGGGGGCAGAGGCUUCAGUUUAG